ACCUCACCACAGCUGCUGGUGUGAUAGAAGGAAAGACAAAUCACAGAGAUGUCUGUCCUGCAGGAAAUCAGCCAAAACGUUAGGAACAUAAAGCAGUUAGAGUAUGCGGCCCUUGCCAGACGAGCAACCCAGAUCCAGAAAGAACUCAGUCAGGGAGUGAGAAAGCCCUACAAAGAACUGACUGAUGUCUGCUGGGGUGAUCCACACAGCCUCGGUGUGAAGCCUCUGACAUUUGUCAGACAGGUUCUUGCAGCAUGUGUUUACCCUGAGCUCAUGAGCAGCCACAAACUACCACUGGAUGUCAGACAGAGGGCUCAGUGGCUGCUUGGGAAAUGUGAAGGAGGGAGUAUAGGUUCGUAUCCUGCUUCAGCAGGUAUACCAGAAAUAAUCCAGAGAAUGUCUAAAUCCAUAGCAAGGCGCGACGGUGGGGUUCCAUGUAACCCUGAAAAUGUAUUCAUCAGCCCUGGAUCACAGUGGUCACUCACGAACAUUAUCCAUGUCUUAGUGAACGAUGAGGCGCCACUCAGAACAGGUAUACUAAUUCCAGUGCCAUGCCAUGUGACCACCAUUACGUCCAUAACGUCGCUGGGAGCAGCUGUUGUCCCCUACUUCCUCAGUGAGGAGCACGGAUGGGCCCUGCAGGUAGAGGAGCUACAGCGAGCCCUGGAAUCUGCAAAGGGAGGCUGUAACCCGAUUGCUCUGUAUGUCAUCAACCCUGGAAACCCAGCAGGUUAUGUUCAAAGCAGAAAAUCCAUACAAGAGGUGAUCCGGUUUGCUUCAGAGAAAAGACUCGUCCUUCUGGCUGAUGAGGUCUAUCAGGACUGUGUUUAUGGGAAAAACAGCGAGUUUGUCUCGUACAAAAAGGUUCUGGCUGAGAUGGGGCCUCCUUUUUCAGACACAGUGGAGCUGGCAUCCUUCCACUCAGUAUCCAAAGGCUUCAUGGGAGAGUGUGGACUGCGGGGUGGAUAUGUUGAGCUUGUAAAUCUGGACCCCAAUGUUGUGAACUAUAUCUCAAAUCUAAACUACGACACUACAUCCGUGUUGGCUCAGUUCGCCCUGGAUCUGAUGAUGAACCCUCCACGACCAGGAGACCCGUCAUACCCCCUCUAUAAUCAGCAGACACAAGACAUCAAGAACAUGCUGGUUCAAAAUGUGAAGAUGGCACACGAGGUUGUCAACAGCCUGCCAGGCCUCAGCUGCCAACCAGUGGAAGGAGGAGCUUUUGUGUUUCCAAGAGUGCUUCUCCCACCUAGAGCCAUUCAAAAAGCCAAAGAAGAAGGAAUGCAACCAGAUACAUUCUACUGUAUGAGACUUCUAGAGGAGACAGGAGUUUUAAUCACUCCUGGUUGUGAGUACAGACAAAAAGAGGGCACCUACCACAUCAGAUUUUGCAUCAUGGCUUCUCAGGACACCAUAAAUAAAGCACUGAAACACCUGGCUACCUUUCACACAAAGUUCAUGAAGGAUUUUUCCUAAACAACAGGACAGGUUCCUGGUUUCUGCUCUCACUUUUAUUUUUUCCCCACAGUUCAGUGAUUCAGUGCAAGUAAAACAAUCACACCGUUUUCUUCCUGUUGGCAUGUUAGCGUUUAAUGCAAUAAAUAUGUUAUUUUCUGCAUACAGUCUAUUUCAGUGACCUUAGGCCAAUAAUCCUUGUUCUGUACUCAUUUGAGUAAGAUCCAACUUCUGCUUUUCAGAAAGCAAUGAAAUACAAGCUAAAGUCAACAAUCAAAAUGGAUUUUACAUUGAGUUCAUUCAUCUAAAAAAAUAAUAAUAAUAAUAGCAGUCCAUGGUGUAUUCCUGCUUCUCAAACACUUCCAAAUAA